UUUUACCAAAAAGUUAAGCGACAACUAUAAACACCAGAUUAAGUUUCAGUGCUUCUCUUCCAUAUCGUUUUCAUUUUUCCAGUUGUUGUGUCACGCCUGAUGAAGUUAGUACAAGUGUGAACUAAAACAAUUAAGAAUUCUGCAGAAAUCUUUAAAGGCGCGGAAAGAAAAUCCUCUUACAAUAUGAAGAAUUCCAUUUUCCUUCAGGUUCCAGUAGACUUUCAGUUUCUAUCUGUGUGUCAUUACAUUAUCAAUUUGGGAAUUAUUUUUAACCAGGAAAAUUUAAUAACACAUGGUGAACGAAAUCAGACGAUCAUUAUACUGAAUACAUUGUUCAAUUAUCUCCACAGUUCGGAAAAUGAAUCGGACACGAAAUUUGAACUGCUACACAAAAUGCUGAAGGGAACGGAUAUCUAUGGUGGUGGUGAUUAUCAAAAACUUGACAUGAAAUACGUUAAUGAAACCUAUCAAUACAUCAUUGGUACUACACUCUUUGCUCACUACGGUAACAUUAACGAAUAUUUAGCUCGAGUAAUUCGACAAUCUGACGACAUAACGUACUCAAUAUUUAAGGAAAUCGUGUGGUACCACUUUUCCCAAAAUUAUCAAAUUCGGGAUUAUUGUACAAAAGAUGGCGAAACAAAAGUAAAACUCACCGAUUUAGCAAUGAGGAAAGUUUUCGAUGAUUUUAUUUGGCAAAUAUUUCCUGAACCAGGAUCAAAAGAAAUGAGUAUAUUGGACGUUGAUUAUAUAUAUGCAAUGAUUGGUUUAAAAAUUGUCCGUUCAAUGCCAGGUGAUGUACCAUUAUGUGAAUUUAAAAAUUGUCUAAUAAUUGCCCAAGAGCUUGAUUAUUCAGAAGACAACAAUGAAACAACUUAUAAGAUGUUUUUAACUUUAUUCUCAACAUCAGCACUAUUUUAUUAUGCCUAUAAUGAAAAAUCACAGUUUGAUAGUCAAAUUUCCAAACUAGAUAAUAAAUUCUGGAAUGAAUCAUAUCAGAAAUUCUUUUUAUAUUUUCAUUCUUCAGUUAAUAAUUUUGUGCAAAAAAUUAUUGAUAAUAAUCUUUAUGAUGAACUUCGAACUGAAAGAGAUUUAUUGCAGAGUCGUACAACUAUUGCCAAAGAUAUAUUAAUCAAUCAUUGUAAAUUUUAUCCUGAAGACUUUGAUAUUUCAUUGUUUAAGACACUGCCCUGUUGGGUGGCGAAUGCCACAUUUACUUCAUGUAAUGAUCUUCCAUGUUUGACAGAUUAUUAUCAAGGUCAAUUUAAAUAUGUAAGGGAGAUUUAUAGGCAAAUUGAGAGCAAUACAAUAAGACAGGUUUUAGUCGACAGUGGAUUAAUUGAAAGAAUGAGUUUAGAUGCCGUUGUAAAAAUUGCAAAGGUUCCUCACUAUUCUCAACAUUGUAGUAUGUGUCCAAGAUGGCCAAGAAAAACGAAUAUGGAUAUUUAUUUGAUAUUCGCUAUUGUGAAAAAUAAGGAAGAAGAAUUUUAUGCCUUUAGACAGAAGAAUAAUACUUUGACUUUGAUGAUAAACAGUGCCGAUGGAGAAGAAUUUUCUAAAAUAAUCGCUAAUGAUUCGUCGUUAAGAAUGGAAAUUUCUCCAUUCGCAAAGGCUCUUAAAUAUGUCAAUGAGGAUUACACUUCAUUUAUUUCAAGAAUUGCGGACAUGAAAACGAACAACUUCGUGAACAGCCUAAUGACGUACUACAAUGAUCCAACUACUGGUGAGCAAAUUUUCAGUUAUUUAAAAUUAUUCAUUCCAUUUUACACCUGCGUUGAAGAUAUAAUAGACAAUAAUAUUGGCGAAGCAACAUUAGGCUGUUCUCUGGAUGUUAUAAGUCUUAUUCCAGUUACUGGUUUUUCAUCGAAAUUUGCAAAUGCCCUAAGUGGUAGUCUGUUGAGAGCUGUAACCGAAAGGACUGUAAAAGUUGCCACCCUUGGAGUAAAGGAAGUUCUAAAAUUGGGUUUAUUACAAUUAUCAAAAAUAACAGUAACAACUGUCGCAAAACAAAUUAUCAACACGGAUUUUUUAAAGAAAGUCACAUUCUUCUUUCUUCGACAAAUUGAUCCUGGAUUUGAACUUUGUUACCGGUUAGGUAAACAAGGCUAUAUGACACUACACAGUACAUAUCAGUUGAUGUAUAAGAGAUUUAAAAAAUUUUCAUUAAACAGAAAUCUGCUGCAAGUAUUGGAAACAAUGACGACGAAUUUGGACAAAAUGGUAAAAACUUCUGAUAUUGGAGGAUUAGCGAAAACGGUUAUUACUAAAAAAAGUGAGAAUUAUCAAAUGAUACGAUACUAUUACCCAGGUGGGAAUAAUUAUAUUGGACCAAAAUGUGUCGAAGCUUUUGGAGAAAUUGUGGAAAUUAGAACGAUUAGAGGAAGAGAGGGAAAAUCUUACGUUAAGCGGAUAAAGACGGAGGAGCAAAAACCUUACUUUCGUGAAUUUGAUAUGAAUACGGGACAUGUUAAUAAGGAAACACUGGAAAUGGGUGUAGAUGGAAUUCUACAGAUUGUAAAGGCUGACAAGAAGGCUAAGGGAUAUUAUGUAAAGGUUGAAAUAAUUAAAGUACCGAAGUAAGACGAUUGCUCUUCUUUUAAUUUAUUGAACGAAUGAGUCAAUUAGAAAAAUUACUGCUGUAAUGAUAAAAUAAAAAGAAUUUU